CUCAAAUUGUUGUAUUUGAUUGCAGAUAUGGAUGCAUGCUGAUCAGGCCCGUACUGGUUUCCUUGGCAAGGCUGAAUUUUAUAAUGCUCUUAAACUUGUAACUGUAGCACAGAGUAAGCGAGAGUUAACUCCUGAUAUCGUCAAGGCGGCAUUACAUGGUCCUGCUUCAGCUAAAAUCCCUGCUCCACAAAUUAAUCUUGCGGCUACCCCAGCACCUCAUUUAAAUUCAAUAGCUGCUGCACCUACACCACAGAUGGGUCCAGUUGCACCGCAGAUGGGUCCGGCACAGAUGGGUCCAGUUGCACCAACAGCAUCUCAAACCCUUGGUUUCAGAGGACAAGUACCUCCUAAUGCAACUAUGAACCAGCAGUAUUUCCCAUCUCAAGGUAAUCAGUCAUUGAGGCCGCCUCUUCCCCAAUCUUCUAGUAAUGCUCUCCGUCCACCACAGGGUGUUGCAAGUCCUGAUUUCUCAAGAGGAGGUAGUGUAGCAGGUCCUGCUCUUCCAAACUCAGUCACUGCAAACAAUUGGCUUGGUGGAAGGAUGACUGGAGUUUCAACUGGUGCAUCUCAUGUCCCUAACCAAGGUGUUAGUCAGUCAAUGUCCUCUACUGCAGCUAAACCACAAGAUCCUUUUUUGUCAGCCUCAGCUAAGGAUUCUAAAGCAACAGUUGGCUCUGGAAAUGGGUUUGCUUCUGACCCUGUAUUUGGAGGUGAUGUGUUUUCUGCUGCCCAAUCUUUAUCAAAGCAUGAUUCGCCAACAUAUUAUGUGAGUAGCGCACAGGCCUCAUCCGCCAUUGUUCCAGUGUCUACUGGGCCCCCGUCUUCAUCUAAACCGGAUCCAUUUGCAUUUGAUUCAUUGCAAACUUUAACGCGGCAGCCUACAGGAAACCAGCAGCAGCACACCCAGACACUGGUGAAACCAAACCAACAGGUUUCAACUCAAAAUACUUCCUCAUUUGCAUCAUCUGGAAUUUCAGUUGGGCCAGGAAAUUCUACUCCCAACCAGUCCCUGCUUUCAUGGCCAAAAAUGACGCCAGCUGGUAUUCAAAAGUAUACAAAAGUGUUUGUGGAAGUUGAUACCGAUAGAGAUGGGAAAAUCACUGGUGAGCAGGCACGCAACCUAUUCUUGAGUUGGAGACUUCCAAGAGAGGUCUUAAAGCAGGUUUGGGAUUUAUCUGAUCAAGAUAAUGAUAGCAUGCUUUCUUUGAGGGAGUUUUGCGUUGCUCUCUAUCUGAUGGAGCGAUUCAGGGAAGGCCGUCCUCUUCCGCCAACACUUCCAAGUAAUAUUUUGCUUGAUGAGACUCUUUUGUCUCUGACAGGUCAGCCCAAUGCUUCCUAUGGAAAUGUCGCUCGUGGACCCACUGCUGGUUUCAGGCCCCAGCAAGGAAUGCCUGGUGCCCGACCAGUGGCAUCUGCAGCUGGCAUGAGACCUCCAGUGCCUGGAAUGUUUCCUCAGGCUGAUGGAACAAUACACUUUGAUCAGCAGAAGGCUAGAAUGCAUUUGAUGGAAAGUUCCCAUGGGAACCAACUCAGUAAUGGGGAACAGAAUACAGUGGAUACGAAGGAGUCAGCAGAAACAGAAAAAAAGGUUGAAGACAAGGACAAGGUUUAUCUAGAUUCUAAAGAGAAGAUUGAGUUCUACCGGUCAAAAAUGCAAGACCUUGUUUUAUACAAGAGUAGAUGUGAAAACCGUCUUAAUGAGAUCACGGAAAGGGCCAUAGCAGAUAAACGCGAGGCUGAGUUACUUGGUAAGAAAUAUGAAGAGAAGUACAAGCAAGUUGCAGAAACAGCCUCUAAAUUAACUAUUGAAGAGGCAGCAUUUCGUGAAAUUCAGGAGAGGAAAAUGGAGUUGCAGCAGGCAAUCACUAAGAUGGAGCAAGGUGGCAGUGCAGAUGGUAUUCUUCAGGUUCGUGCUGAUCGUAUACAAUCAGAUCUUGAGGAGUUGACAAGAGCUUUUACCGAACGUAGCAAGAAACAUGGGAUAGACAUUAAAUCAACUGCUGUAAUUGAACUCCCCACUGGCUGGCAACCUGGAAUUCCAGAGAUAUCAUCUGUUUGGGAUGAAGAUUGGGAUAAGUUUGAAGAUGAAGGAUUUUCAUUUGAUGUUGCCAUGCCGCCCAAAACCAAAUCCACUUCUGCUGAGAAAGAAAAUUAUUCUCCAAAUGGUAGUUUGUCCCCUGAUUUGAUGUCACAUGCUGAUGACGACAUGUCAGAUAAACUUUUCAGUAAAGGUGAACGUGCCUGCGAAAGUGAAUCAGCAUACACUCAUAGUGAAGACGAAUCAGGAAAAAGUCCAUCUAGCAGUCCAGCAAGACAUACAGCAUUCGAAAGUCCAUCUCGAGAAUAUUCAGAUAACCAUUUCAAAAAGAGCCCCGAAGCAGAUGCGGAAACCCAUAGUUUUGAUGAGCCAUCUUGGGGUACCUUUGACAAUAAUGAUGAUGUAGAUUCUGUGUGGGGUUUCAACCCUAGUAAUCCCAAGGACUCAGAUCACGAGAAGCAUGGAGAGAAGUAUUUCUUCGGAUCCAGCGACAUGGGGGCUAGUCCAAGAACUGAUUCCCCACAAUCAGACAGCAUGUUCCGGAAGAAAAGCCCAUUUGCCUUCGAUGAUUCUGUACCCGGCUCUCCACUUUCCAGGGCUGGUAACUCCCCGAGGUAUGGUGGCGGAUCAACCGACCAAUACUUCGACAACCUGUCGAGGUUCGAUUCUUUCAGCAUGCAUGACCAGUCAUUCUCACCUCGAAAGGAGACCCUUUCAAGGUUCGACUCCAUAAACAGCACCAGAAGCUUCGACCACAAUAACCAGGGGACUUUCUCAAGGUUCGAUUCCAUAAACAGCACGAGAGGCCUUGACCACAGUCAAGGGACUCAUACAAGGUUUGACUCCAUGAGCAGCAGUAGAGGGUUUGACCACAGGCAUGGAGGGUUCUCAUCUUUUGACGAUGCUGACCCUUUUGGGUCUAGCGGUCCGUUUAAGGUCUCAUCAUUGGAGAGUCAAACUCCGAAGAAAGGUUCUGAAAGCUGGAGUUCUUUCUAGCUGGGUGAUUCGUACUCUUCUUCUUCAUUCAACCUCCACUCUGAUUUAUAUUGAUAUUCUUCGCGUGGAUGAUGUGGCAAUUUUUGUGUGUUGUAUAGCCUGCGCUAGAGUUGGACAGUUCAAACUUUGGUGUUGGGCCUGCUGUAUUCAUGCCACAAGCAUUUUUAUUUUUUUUGUUAUUUUUUGCUUGGAUGCCGGGAUUGAAGGGAAAAUUUAUGCUUUUCUGCUGUGUUGUUGGAAUAUGCCUUUGUAAUUAUGGUUUUGAUGGUGGUGUUUGUAUUGUGUUUGCUUGCCCUUCCAAAUUCUAUGGAGAAGUUUGAUAUUGAUAUA